AUGAUGGAAGAUGAAUUCAGUUAUUUGUUCAAAAUCAUUCUUAUAGGUGAUUCAGGAGUUGGCAAGACUAACUUAUUCAACAGAUUGCAAAAUAAGGAAUUUUAAUAUGAUACCAGACCAACAAUAGGAGUGGAAUUCAUAAAUCGAACGGUUAGAUAGGAUGGGAAUUUGGUUAAGUGUUAAAUAUGGGAUACGGCAGGAUAAGAGAAAUUUAGAGCAAUCACUAAUGCUUAUUAUAGAGGAGCGAAGGGAGUGUUCGUUUGUUAUGAUGUAACAAAAUAGGGAACAUAUGAAUCAACAUUAAGAUGGAUGAGUGAAAUAAAGUAAUUUGGAGAUCAUGAUAUUGUGAUAAUGUUGGUAGGCAAUAAAAUAGAUUUGGCAGAAUAGAGAAUUGUAAGGACCGAUGAAGUGUCAUAAUUCUGUGAGUAAAAUAAGGUUGGUUACAUAGAGACAUCUGCAUUGAAUAACAUAAAUGUGGAAAUGGCCUUUAAUUAGAUGGUUACAGAGAUUUAUAAGAUUGUAUCUGCUUAGAAACCCAUCAGUCAGACUCUAUUGGGAAUCAAUGAUGUUUACGUAUUGAGGAAAGAGACUCAGCCAGAAUAAACAAAGUAGAAGAAACAAUGCUGCUGA